AUGGCUGUAAUAGUUGAGAACAAGUUGCACUUCUUGGGCAAGAACUUGGGCUCCCUCCGAUUUAUCAAAAAUGUCGGUAUCCAACACGAAAUCAACAUCUGGACCGAAUGGUCUAUGCCUACAGAUGAUUGGGAAUGGAUGAAGCGGCCGACUGCACCAGCCGUCGAAAAUACACCUUUCGAAAUGAGCCUGACUGUACAGGAGGCGCCUCAUGUGCCCUUGCUAACCCAUAGCGAUGUGGCAUCAUACGUUGAAUCUAUUAUGAACCCUGAAUUGACGGCGCGGCCUCGAUUCAGUUGUCCAGCCAUCAACGUGCGACGUUACCAACACCUCCAACCUCACCCAAUGUUCUUUGAGAGGACCAAAGUUCACUACAUGUUCGCGAUGAACCUCCGUGACGAGGGCGUGGAACUUCUGCCGCGACUCUUGGCCUCGGUCAUAGAGGCCAUGCGAUUCCUCGGGCCCCACUACUGUGCCUUGUCGCUAGUUGGAGGCGGAGGCACACCAGACGGCGUUUACGAUGUGCUGGAGGCGCUCCGCCCCCACGUCGAGGGCAUGGGCGCCAGAUACUACCUGCGCCAUCCUGCCAUCUACUCUGAAGCCGGAGGACAAGACCGGAUCAUGCAACUCGCGCGACUCCGCAACCUUGCUCUGGCGCCCCUGACGAACCCGUCACGCCAGGACAGCGGCCGCUAUACAAACGAAACGACUGUCAUUUUCACCAACGACGUCGCCAUAUGUACUGAGGACAUACUCGAACUCGUACACCAGCGGAAAGUGCAGGAAGCCGACAUGACCUGCGCCAUGGACUGGAUACUCGAGGGCCUCUUUUACGAUGUUUGGGUCUCGAGGACGCUGGCCGGGAACAUCUUUUUCAGGGUCCCACUCAACGGCAGCUGGGAGUUCUCGGCACAACUCAUGCCCAAUUCCACCGACGCCCCUUCCAGGGAGCGUUUCGAUGCCCGCCGGCCCUUUCAGGUCUUUGCGUGCUGGAAUGGUGCCGUCGCCUUUCAUGCCGCGCCGCUUUUUCGGACGGGGAUCCGACCCGGAGUUAGCUGGAGCAGCGACGUCGCCGAUCCACGGCACAAGGUCGACCCCGUCAGGUUCCGGAGAAAUAUGGAGCUGGAUGGAGAGUGUUAUAUGGGCGAGCCGACGCUUUUUGCCAAAGAUCUAUGGUACCGCGGCUUUGGAAAAAUAGCAGUGGUACCGAGCGUGGCUUUAUCAUACACCAUGGCCGAUGGUGAGAAAAUGAAGAGGUUGAAAGGUUGGGUUUCGGACUUUGUGGGGGAUAAGGGUCCGGAGCUGGAUGAAAAUCCAAUUCCGGAGAGGAUAACUUGGCAGUUGAGCCCGCCAAAGGAAGUUUUGUGUGCUAGGACGUGGCAGACGCAGAGAUGGGUUCCGUGGGAUCAAUCUCUUCGCCCGUCCAGCGGAAUGGAAACACAAUUAAAAUUGUGA